AGCCCGCGCUGAGGGAAGAGAGGAAGAAAAUAAAACCCGCGGCCGGAGCCAAAGCUGGAGCUGCUGCCGCCGCCGUCUCAGCCGUCUGGAGCUCCCCCGCGCGGACGAUGCCCGCGAUGCCCGCGCGGGGCUCGGGGCGGUGAGGCCCGGGGCGCGGGGUAGCUAUGGCGACCGGGAGCGCGGCCCGCGGCGCCGCCUGACAGGUGUGGGGCCCCGGCGGCGGCGGCGGCGGCGGCGGCACGGAGCAGCAUGUACGCCAAGGGGGGCAAGGGCUCGGCCGUGCCCUCCGACAGCCAAGCACGAGAGAAGUUGGCGCUGUACGUGUAUGAGUACCUGCUGCACGUUGGUGCCCAGAAGUCAGCCCAGACCUUUCUGUCCGAGAUCCGAUGGGAGAAGAACAUUACGCUGGGGGAGCCCCCGGGCUUCCUGCAUUCCUGGUGGUGCGUGUUCUGGGACUUGUACUGUGCAGCGCCCGACCGCAGAGAGGCGUGCGAGCACUCGAGUGAAGCCAAGGCCUUCCAGGACUACAGCGCUGCAGCGGCCCCCAGCCCGGUGAUGGGGAGCAUGGCUCCCAAUGAUGCAAUGGCAUCAGGCCCCAUGGCACCCGGCUUCUUCCAGCCCUUCAUGUCACCGCGGUUCCCAGGGGGCCCUCGGCCCACCCUGCGGAUGCCGAGUCAGCCUCCCGUGGGCCUACCCGGUUCCCAGCCCCUCCUCCCUGGCGCCAUGGACCCCUCCCCACGUGCUCAGGGUCAUUCGAGCAUGGGCCCGAUGCAGAGGGUGACGCCUCCAAGGGGCAUGACCAGCGUUGGGCCCCAGAGCUACGGAAGUGGCAUGCGGCCCCCACCCAACUCUCUUGCUGGCCCGGGUUUGCCCACCAUGAACAUGGGACCCGGAGUGCGUGGCCCAUGGGCCAGCCCCAGUGGCAAUUCGAUCCCCUACUCCUCCUCCUCCCCUGGCAGCUACACGGGACCCCCAGGAGGAGGUGGGCCCCCUGGAACACCCAUCAUGCCCAGCCCUGGAGACUCCACCAACUCCAGUGAGAACAUGUACACCAUCAUGAACCCCAUCGGGCCAGGCGCCGGCAGGGCUAAUUUCCCGCUUGGCCCUGGUCCGGAGGCCCCCAUGGCCGCCAUGAGUGCGAUGGAGCCUCACCAUGUAAACGGAUCCCUGGGCUCGGGCGAUCUGGACGGGUUGCCGAAGAGCUCCCCCGGCGCCGUGGCCGGCCUGAGCAACACCCCGGGCACCCCGCGGGACGACGGCGAGAUGGCGGCCGCCGGGACCUUCCUGCACCCGUUCCCGAGCGAAAGCUACUCCCCCGGGAUGACCAUGAGCGUGUGAAGGGGCCGCAGCCCCUUGCCCACUGCCGACCUCGGCUUCUGCCCAGCGCCCCUGCCCGGGGCCAAGGUCCAGGGGCUCGGGUGGUCUGCAGGGUGAGGGUCUGAGGUCACACCGCGGGCAACUGGACUCCCGGUCAAGGCUUGGAUGGCUGGGAGGCCGCGCGUGAAGGACUCAUUCAUUUUAUAAAAAACACAAGGACCUCAGAGACGUUCUUUCCUGUAUGGGCCCUUCCCGCCAUUUCUGUUUUGUCCAGGGGGCUCCUUGGGGGAUUUCCUUUCCCCUGGAGAGCAGGGGUGGGCCCCAACAAUAAACAUAACUCGAUUUUG